AUGUUUCAGUGGAACUGGGAUAGUAUCGCUCGAGAAUGUACAAACUUCGUCGGCCCUGCUGGCUAUGGGUAUGUCCAGGUCAAUCCGCCACAGGAACAUAUCCAAGGCGACUCCUGGUGGACCGAUUACCAGGCUGUAUCGUACCAGCUCACAUCGAAGCACGGCAACCGUGAUCAAUUUGCGAACAUGGUCCAGGCCUGCCAUGCUGCUGGUGUCGGUGUUAUAGUUGACACAAUUUGGAAUCACAUGUCAGGGGUCGACUCCGGUAAUGGUUAUGCAGGGUCUUCAUUCACGAAGUAUAACUACCCUGGGAUCUACCAAGACUCCGACUUCCACGCCUGCCGCCACGGGAUCGACCAAUGGAACAACGCGACGUCGAUCCAGACAUGCCAACUCGCUGGUUUAGCUGAUUUGGCCACAGAAAAGGAGCACGUUCGGAGUCGUUUGGCGCAGUACGGAAACGACUUACUCAGUCUCAACGUGGACGGUCUUCGAAUCGAUGCUGCGAAGCAUAUGGCCGUCGGCGACAUCUCGAACAUUCUGUCCCGCCUCAACAAGCAGGGCAAGAAUCUCUACGUCACUCAAGAAGUUGUCUACGGUGCUGGCCAGCCCGUGACACCGAAUCAAUACACUCAGAUGGGCCAUGUACAAGAAUUCCGCUUCAAAGACGCCCUCACAGCUGCGUUCACUGGCUCGAGUCGGCUGUCAGACCUCCAGAACCUGGAUAACAGAGGAUGGGUCCCGAGCGCCAAAGCAAACGUCUUCGUUGCCAAUCAUGACACUGAACGUGACACUCACGACCUCAAUUACAACUCUCCUUCCAACACCUAUAUCCUUGCCAACAUCUUCGCCCUCGCUCAUCCUUACGGCACUCCUACGGUCCUUUCGAGUUAUAGCUUUUCAAGUGGCGACACUGGUGCACCCAACGGCGGUACUGGAGUAUGCUCGGGCAAUGGCGGUUCGAAUGGCUGGCUCUGCCAGCACCGCUGGCAGGCCAUCUCAGGAAUGGUCGGCUUCCGCAACACCGUCGGGAAUGUGGAUAUCACCAACUGGACUGCUCCGGCUGCACAGAGGAUCGCUUUCGGGCGAGGGUCACUCGGGUUCGUCGCGAUCAAUAACGAAGAUUCGGAAUGGUGGAUGAAGUUCCAUACGUCUCUUCCGGAUGGAUCGUACUGCGAUGUGAUCAGUGGAAAACGGUCGUCGAACGGAAAGUGUAACGGUUCCACGAUCACGGUGUCUCAGGGCUCUUUCACCGCAACCGUUCCUGCCCGAGGGUCUAUUGCCAUCCACGCAGGGGCGAAAUCCUCUUGA